CGCUACUUCCGGUUAAUCUCGAACGAUAUAUCGAUGUGUAUACGAUGUAUCGCGCGUGAGAAGAGUUUCUUUCCGAUAAAAGGUUCGCGCUGAAACGUCAAGAUGUUGAUGCCAAAAAAGAACCGCGUAGCGAUUUACGAAUAUCUUUUUAAAGAGGGUGUUAUGGUUGCAAAAAAAGACUACCAUGCACCAAAACAUCCAGAACUGGAAACUAUUCCAAACCUUCAAGUUAUUAAGGCUAUGCAGUCUUUAAAAUCUAGGGGGUAUGUCAAAGAACAGUUCGCUUGGAGACAUUUUUAUUGGUAUUUGACAAACGAAGGUAUUGAAUUUUUACGUGGUUACCUGCAUCUACCUCCUGAAAUUGUACCUUCCACUCUGAAGAGACAGUCCAAGUCAGAAACCACAAGGCCACGACCGGCAGCAGCUACAAGAAGCGAAACGUCUAGGCCCACCGAAGAUCGUGCUGGAUACAGACGAGGCCCUGGCGGUCCUGCGGGUCCUGCAGGCUCUGGUGACAAAAAGGCAGAUGUUGGCGCAGGCACAGGAGAUGUCGAAUUCCGCGGUGGUUUCGGUCGUGGUAAACCACAAUAAUAUUUUAAUGUAAAAUAAAUAAAUCUUUCAUAAUGUA